ACCUGCUAUGUUUUACUUCUUUCCCUUUUCUUUACAGGUAUUGGCAGAAAACCUCACCGUGAUCACUGAGUUCUUACUCCUGGGUUUCUCAAGCCUUGGUGACGUUCAGCUUGAUCUCUUUGUGGUUUUUCUUUUUCUCUAUCUAGUCAUUCUCAGUGGCAAUGCCACUAUCGUCAGUAUCAUCCGCCUGGAUCAGAGCCUCCACACACCCAUGUACUUCUUCCUUGGCAUCCUCUCAACAUCUGAGACUUUCUAUACUUUUGUCAUCUUACCCAAGAUGCUCCUUAACCUACUUUCUGUGUCUAGGACAAUCUCCUUCACCUGCUGUGCCGUUCAGAUGUUCUUCUUCCUUGGUUUUGCCAUAACCAAUUGCUUGCUGCUGGGGGUAAUGGGUUAUGAUCGUUAUGUAGCCAUCUGCCAUCCUCUCCAUUACCCCAUCCUGAUGAGCUGGCAGGUAUGUGGGAAGUUGGCAGCUGCCUGUGGGAUUGGAGGUUUCUUGGCUUCUCUUACCGUGGUAAAUUUGGUGUUCAGCCUCCCUUUCUGUAGCACCAACGAGGUCAACCAUUACUUUUGUGACAUCUCACCAGUCAUUCGCCUGGCUUGUACCAAUACAGAUGCCCAUGAACUUGUUAUAUUCAUCUGUGGGGUUCUUGUCCUCGUGGUUCCCUUUUUCUUUAUUUGUGUUUCUUACCUCUGCAUUCUAAGGACUAUCCUGAAGAUUCCCUCAGCAGAAGGCAAACAGAAAGCCUUUUCCACAUGUGCCUCUCACCUCACGGUUGUAGUUAUUCACUAUGGCUGUGCCUCUUUCAUCUACUUAAGGCCUACAGCAAAGUAUGUGUCUAAUAAGGACAGACUCGUGACAGUGACAUACACCAUUGUCACUCCGCUACUAAACCCCAUGGUCUACAGCCUCAGGAACAAGGAUGUUCAACUUGCUAUCAGGAAAGUGCUAGUAAGAAAGGAUCUCUGAAAC